AUGCUCGGCGCACGUACAAAACAGAUCAAUGCCUACGGAAAACGCAACCGCCGUGUUGUUGACGCGUCCACGGAACGAUCCCGGCCUAUUGGCACUGAGAUCAUCAGUAUUUUCGAUGAUUUACCACCAGCACCCCCAUUAGCUUCACUCGCUUCUAAAAUGAAGAAGCGAGAGAACGCCGCGCCCUCCAAACAUAAAGCUUUAUCUCCCAAGUGUGUUGGGAAAGGGAAACCAAGGCGGCUUUCACCUGUUCUCUCGCCCCCGAGGAAGAAAACAACACGUGUUGCGCAAAUAAUUGAUGCUGCUCGUAGAGCAGAUGAUAGUGGUGCGCCUAUACUCAGACCGAAGCCCAAACCAUUGCCAUCAGGACUUCAAGGAGAUCCUAUCAUUCUUUCCGCGUCACCUCCUCGAGCGCCUCUCUCGGCAGUCUCUCUCAAUGUACCAGGUUCCCCAGCUGUCUCGACAAAACCCCAAACGAGACAGAAGCUAGGUCUAACGAAAGUUAACCCUAAAUUGAAUAAACCUUUCUCGCCAUUCGUGAACAUGGAUAUCAUCGUUCUGGAUGAUGGUGGUCAGAUUGUUAAAAAAGAGCACAGAGUUUCAAGGAAGAAACCAGAACACGAUCCCAAAGGCCGUAGAUCUGCCACUCGAACCACUGUUCCCUCGCGCCUUCAAGCAAUGCCCAUACCGAUCAGCAUCGAUUCGACUGAUACCGAGUCUGAGGCCAGCCAGGUCCGCAGGCCCAAACGAUCAGUAAAGCGUGCACCGCCAAUAAUAUUAACUGACACGGAAUCUGAAGAGGAAGAUACACUCCAACCUUCCGCGCCAUCUCAACAGAUGGCAGAGUCAUCAGCUCAUACCCGCCCGAACAACGCUAUAGUCGAAGUCGUCAUUCCACCAGCUCCAUACCCAAUCCAUGUUGCAAAAAUUACGCACCCUUCAGAACCUCCACUGCGCAACGAGUCGGCAUCUUCACCAUCAUCGCAACCUCCAUCACAUCCUGUCAUACAGCCGCCCGCCCCAAGAUUUCAGCUUCCCACCUCGCCUCUCGUCAAAGCUCGGCAACUCACUCCAAUCCGAGGACGACAUGGCAAGAGACUUUUCGAACCACCAUCCCCUCCUUCUCCGUCUACUCCAACAGACCUUGAGCUUUCUCUCGAUUUUUCCGAUUUCAACCUCGGUUCGCCUUCACAAAGAAACGCCUUUUACUCCCAAAUUUCAAUACCCGAACACCUUCAGGCGUUGCUUGAAGAGUGUGGCCAAGAACAAUGUGGCCCUCAUGAAUUCUCUGCCUUCAUUGAAUCCUUCCCUUACGACCCGAUCAUUCAGUCAAGUGACAACACAGAUACAAGGUUUAGGAAGAUCGGAGAGGCGAGUUAUUCGGAGGUCUUCGGCAUUGGAGAUGUCGUGCUUAAAGUAAUUCCACUAAGGGAUGAAUCGGAAGCGAAUGUCAGUCAAAGUCGGUUGAAGAUGACAACGAAGUAUAGCGAAGAAAGACCCGCGGAAGAGGUCGAUGGGCCAGCUCCUAGCGAUGCGAAGGACGUGCGCAAGGAAAUUAUUGUUACCCGAGCUAUGGGUGAGGUGUACGGUGGCUUCAUUAAGCUCCUUAAAACUUAUGUUGUGAGAGGGAGGUAUCCCGAGGUCUUGUUGAACCUUUGGGAUUAUUACAAUGAGAAGAAAGGUUCAGAAAGCGUACGCCCAGACUCUUUCAACGUUUCCCAGGUAUACGCAAUCAUUGUGUUGCCCAAUGGAGGAUCAGAUCUUGAAGCAUAUACAUUCCUCAAUGCUGGAAAGUCGGGAUGGAAACAAGCUUGCAGCAUUUUCUGGCAAGUGACCAAAGCCCUUGGACACGCUGAACAGCUGGUAUCCUUCGAGCAUCGUGAUCUUCAUUGGGGCCAAAUUCUUGUCAAAAAUGUUGUGAGGCACGCUCCACUCAAAGCCCUGAGCGUGAACCAGAAGGCGAAAGCAAAGCGGCAGUUGCACAUGGACGAUCUGGCCCAUGGUGUUCAAGCCACCGUGAUUGAUCUUGGACUUUCGCGGAUGGACGCUGGUGAUGGGCAUGAUGGAGACGAAGUGCAAUGGACCCCAUUCGACGACGAAGUAUUCAUGGGCGAGGGUGAUUACCAGUUUGACGUGUAUCGCAUGAUGAAGGACGUUACUGGAGGUACAUGGGAAGCUUUUCAUCCAAUAACCAAUGUAAUGUGGCUUCACUAUCUAGCCCUGAAGCUGCUACAAGGCAAAGGUCUCAAGCCGCCGACAGCGUUGCGGAAAGGCAAGGGUCCCCCGGAAUCACAACCUGUUACGACGAAUGCAUCGUUCACGGAAAGGGACUGCUAUGAUUGCCUUGUAGAUAUUGAGAAUUGGCUGGGAAGUUGUCUCGUCAAGAAAGGCAAAGGCCGACGGAAAGUGGAUAAGGCGGCGACAGGCCCUAUCUGUGCUGGUGAGAUCGUCGGCUAUGGCGUUAAGAGGGGUUGGAUCAAUCCCAGCGUUAUGUUUUAA